CACUAUCACGGUUUGUGUCCCCAAUCACGCUCAGUACUCAGGCUGUGCGCUAGCGCGGGGUGUGUCUUCCCUUUCUGAUGGCAACCCCGCGAUCUCGCCUGGAUAAGCAUACCUGACUCCCACCUUGCCUUACCUUACUCUUGCAGUUUUCGCGCACCUUUUUUUUCCGUUCUUCGCUUCGCAAGUCCCCAAUUGAAGACGCUGUUGCCGCUUCUCGCGCUUCUAAGAGCGCGGCUGUCGGUUCUUUUCAAGUUCACCCGCUGGUUUACUACUCCUAGCCUACUCCGUGGCAAACAUCUGACCCAACCUUUCGGCUUGUGACGGCUGCCUGAUUGUGCUUCGACAAAAAAAAGCAAAACUUUGAUAUCCCCUCCUUUGCCUUCAUUCUUCUUGCUAGACUUUUGUUCGUGGGUGGCUUCGUUUGUGCGAGUGCGAAUGCGCAUGUGCCGAAACGGUGUUCUUUUCACGAAGCACGCAGCAGACAACCGAGUUCACGGCUGAAUUAUGUCGAAACUAUUCAUCGGCGGCCUAGCAUGGCACACAGAUGAUAGCACUUUGCGCACAAAGUUCGAAGAGUUUGGCCAAGUCGAGGAGGCAGUUGUAGUCAAAGAUCGUGACACUGGUCGCAGUCGCGGCUUCGGUUUCGUAAGGUUCGCGCAGGAGUCUGAAGCUGAUGCAGCUAUUCAAGCGAUGAAUAACAUGGAAUUCGAUGGGAGGACUAUCCGCGUCGACAAAGCUUCAAGUGAAAGCCGUGGCGGCGGCCGCAGCGGUGGAGGCUUCCAAGGUCGAGGAGGCUACAACGAUCCAUCUGGCGGUACCGGUGGCUAUGGUGGAGGCUAUCAAGGCGGACAGGGCGCCAACUACGGUAGUCGUCAGGGAGGCUACGGUGCUGUAGGUGGUUGGGGCGGACAACAGCCAGGCGCCCCGUACUAUCAAGCUGGAUACCAGCAGCCAGGUGGUUAUCAGGCCGGUGGCUUCCAAGGUGGUGCCUAUCAAGGAGGUCAGCAAUAGUGUGAUUCAAGAUACCCCUUCCCAGCAUUCGUAAGUCUGGUGGUUAUGACUGCGUUGCUUUUCUGGACGCGCGAUUAUACCCUUCCGAAGCUACGAAAUAAGCGAAGUUGAGCCUCACCGCGAAUUCUACAAGAGGUCGUUGAGACUGUUCUCUCCUGGGCAGCGAGUAUGAAAAUGAAGCAUUAUCACAAAAGACGGGUGGCCGAAGGAAAUCAUGGCAUGGCGUUUUCCUAGGGGCGGCCGACAACGGUGAAUUCCUUCUAUGUCCAGCAAUAAUCUUUUUCAUUUCUGGGUCCAAACUUAAACAAUCAUUUCUUCUUUCCUUGCUCUUGAGAAGUAUGUAAUUCUUCAUCAUCUUUUCGUGAGUGUGUGGGUAUCCACAUCUCAUCUGUCUCAUUCGAUACAAUGAUUGUUGAAAAAAAAAAGGCACAAAAAAGGUUUUCAAGAAAAAA